CGUCUCGAUUGCCCUAUGUGCACCCGGCAGCUCGCGCUUCUGCAGGCGUUCUUCCUGAUGUUUCCCCAGGGCGGCCGGCCUCAGCCCUCUUCCUUCCCAUCUGAGGCAGUGCCCACACCUUCGGUCCCCGCGACAGGCACGCCGGGCGAGACCGUCCAGUCCUCCUCUGUGGGGACUGCGGCGUCCCCGGCCGGACCUGAGAUCUCUGUGACGAGCUCUUCCCUGGCGACCCCUUCGGCGCCUGGGAAUAAGACCGUGGACCUCUUCCCAGUCUUGCCGAUCUGUAUCUGUGACUUGACCGCUGGCACCUGCGAUGUGAACUGCUGCUGCGACCGGGACUGCUACCUUCUGCACCCGAUGACCGUGUUCUCCUUCUGCCUUCCCGGCAGUGUCAGGUCUUCAAACUGGGUGUGUAUAGACAACUCCCUUAUCUUCCGGAGUAACUCCCCAUUUCCUUCGAGAGUUGUCUUGGAUUCAAAUGGAAUCCGCCAGUUUUGUGUCCACGUGAACAACACAAAAUUGAACUAUUUCCAGAAGCUACAAAAGGUCAAUGCGUCCAACUUUGAGGCCCUGGCUGCAGAAUUCGGAGGAGACUCCUUCGCUUCAACAGCUCCAACCCAGGCACUGCUACCUUUUUACAAGGCUGGGGACCCUGUUCUGACAUACUUCCCCAAGUGGUCUGCAGUAAGCUUGCUGAGGCAGCCUGCAGGAGUUGGAGCUGGAGGACUCUGUGCUGAGAGCAAUCCUGCAGGUUUCCUAGAGAGUAGAAGUACAACCUGCACUCGUUUCUUCAAGAACCUGGCAAGUAGUUGCACCUUUGAUCCAGCCCUUGAUGCUGCCUCUUACUAUAAUUUCACAGUCUUGAGGGUUCCAAGAGGUAUGACUGAUCUGCAGAAUAUGAAGUUCCAGGUGCCUGUAACACUGGCCUCUCAGGCUGACCCUCCUUUCUUGGCUGGAAACGCGUGUCAGAAUGUCGUUUCCCAGGUCAUCUAUGAGAUAGAGACCAAUGGGACUUUUGGAAUACAGAGAGUCACUGUCAGUUUUGGUCAAACCAACUUGACCGUGGAACCAGGAGCUUCCCUACAGCAGCACUUCAUCAUUCGUUUCAAGGCUUCUCAACAAAGCACCGCUGCUGCUCUGCCUGGACCCAGAAGCGGGAAUCCUGGCUUUAUUUUUGGGAAACCGCUCUUGGCUUUAACUGGUGAUAUAAGUCACUCAAUGACCCUCUUACAGAGCCAGGGUAAUGGAAUGUGCUCUGUUAAGAGACAUGAAGUACAGUUUGGAGUGAAUGCAAUAUCUGGAUGCAAGCUCAGGCUGUCGAGGGCGGGCUGUCCCGGCCUGCAGCGGGAGAUUUAUCAGGCUCUUCACGGACAGCCACGAGCAGAGUACGUUGCCAUCUUUGGUAACGCAGACCCGGCCCAGAGAGGAGGGUGGACCAAGAUACUCAGGAGGAGCUGCAGUCUUUCGGCUGUGAACUGUACUUCUUGCUGUACCAUACCAGUUGCCCUGGAGAUCCAGGUGUUGUGGGCUUACGUAGGCCUUCUGUCCAAUCCACAAGCUCAUGUGUCCAGAGCCCGAUUCCUGUACCAGUGCCAGACAAUACAGGAUGCCCAACAAAUAAUGGAAGUUUCUUUGACAACUCUUGUGAAUUUUGUGGACAUUACCCAGAAGCCAGAGCCUCCAAGGGGCCAGCCCAGAGUGGACUGGAAAUUACCAUUUGACUUCUUUUUUCCUUUCAAAGUGGCAUUCAGUAGAGGAGUAAACUUGCAAAAAGGUUCAGGGCCCCUCAGCCUUAUUCUGUGCCUGUUACUACUUGGAGUUCUCAACUUAGAAACUAAGUGAAGGACGAGAUUAAUUCGAUUUCAGUUUUCCCUAUGGGAAGCUCUGAAACAGCCUGCUAAUCCUGGCUCCAUAGAGCCUCACUUACUCAUGAUGAGGGGAGGACAUUUGGGAUAAUAGAGCUGAAGGCUGCUUUCGGUAUGAAAGUAAUCAAAAUGCUCCAUCCAUCAUAGCUGUCUACGGAGGGCUCUGUGGGCUACCAGCUACACAUCAGUCUCUACUUCUCAAAGAAGGCAGGCAGCCAUCCUCAGCCCACCCAGUUGGGUUAUACCCAACUAAAGGCUUACAGGACCUUUAUCCACCUGCUCACAGGCACAGUCAAACCCAGCAGACAGGAGAACGCGCUCAUGCUGUCACCCAGAUUGAACCCAGAAAUGACUGCCUUUUGGACGUCAAAGGAACUGUUCAGGUGGAAAACUGUUGGCUAUAUAGUCUGUCUGGUUCCUUUGCCAAAGUCUGACGACACUGUUUGCCCAGCCAUGAGUGAGGAAAGCAGUUCUUCCUGCUCAGUUUCCACCAUGAAGGUAGAACCCCAGCUCCCUUUUCUACAAGCAAACGACCCUCCACCUAUUCAUCUCUGUUCUUUCUUUCUUUUAUUUUAAUGAUGCAAAGUAAAACUGAUUGAAAACUUUGUUGCACUAA